UUUCAGCACAGCCUUGCACAAUCCUAGACUCUUGUGACCCGUUAUAGGGCAUUUCUCAAUUUGAUCGAUUCAUGCACGGGAGCAGGAUCCAGGAUGCAGUAGAGCAUAUCCUCUGAUGACCAUCAUUUUCGGUCAGGCAACAACGCCUGAAUAAUGCGCUGUAGCACAAUGCUGCACAAAUGCAAAUGUACGGACAGAGUGACCAGUGAUGAAGCUCGACGACUAAGCGGGCGACUAAGCGGGCGCAAAACCUCACGACAUCAUCGUCUCUGUCACCACCACAGAGUAAAGGCUUGGCCGAAUCUGGACACGCCCUAGAAUAUAAAUAUGCCUUCAUUCUCUCGUCAGCCUCUUCCUUUCUUUCUCCUCGUCAUCAACAACGUCAACCGGAGGCGACAUCAGAAGAUGUCGUCCUCCGCCGCCAACCUCGCCGAACGUCCUGCUUCUGCCAACCCUCGUGCCCUCCCCACCGCCACCGCAAAGAAGCGCAAGUUGUCGACAGUGCUUGACAACGAUGAUGAUGAUGAGAAUGACGACACUCCUUUGUCGCCCGCUGUCAAGAACGAGAGAAACAUGAGUUGGACCACUGAAACCCGCCUUGAUCUCGCCUUACGGAUGCUCUGUGUGAUUACUGCUUCUGACAAGAAAGACAAAGCACGAUUGAAUCACGGUGAAAUGGCUACUGUGCGGGCUACAUAUGCAUUGGAAGAUCCUGACACUCUGCCGAGUGUGAACACCCUUUCUAAGCAAUGGAAGACCCUCAGAGAACUAGAUCCCAAACUCGCACCUUACUUUGGUUCGACAGACAAGCUCAAGCAGUUGACUCAAAGUGUGGCUGAAUCAGACAAGAAGCGGCAGGAGGAAAAAGCCGCUGCCAAAGAAGUCCAAGAACUGCAAGAAAAGCUUGCUGCCAAGAAUAAGGAGUUGUCGGACACCAAGUCACGACUGGCAGAGUCAGAGUCGGCCAAAGAUGACCUCAACAAACAGCUGGAAGAAGCAAAUGCACGCAUUGCGGAGUUGCUCCCCCAACCAUUUGAUGAUGAGGAACCACUUUUAAUGCCACAAUAGCAGGGUAUGAAUUGAUAUGCGAGGCAUCCGCAUGGAUAUGGGCAUUGAAGUUGGUACAUAUUCUACCAACAAGCGGUCAGGCAUGGUUAUUGCACCAUUGCUCCAUCAUGCUUCAAGAACAGGCUUGGCCUCUGGAUCUGUGUACAUCUCAAGCGACAGGGCAGGUUCAUGGGAAUGUGUCUGCGUCGGAGGAUUGAUGGGGCUGAUAAUCCUAGGGCCAUUGACGGUCUGUCUCUUUCUGGGACUGUUAUUGAGCCUGUUCCUCUGCAAGGCACCCGAAUUGACCACUUUGAUAUCAA